AUGGCAUUCAGGAGGCAAAUGAAAAACUUCAUGAAAAAUUACUCAGAUGCUGAAAUAAAAGUCAGGGAAGCAACUUCUAAUGACCCUUGGGGUCCCUCUAGUUCUCUGAUGUUGGAUAUCAGUGAUUUGACUUUCAACACAAUUUCUCUCUCGGAGAUUAUGAAUAUGCUAUGGCAGAGACUCAGUGACCAUGGGAAGAACUGGCGUCAUGUGUAUAAAUCCCUUACCCUAAUGGAUUAUCUCAUCAAGAAUGGAUCAAAGAAAGUUAUYCAUCAUUGCAGAGAGGGGUUCUGUAAUCUUCAUAUGCUAAAAGACUUUCAACACAUAGAUGAAGCUGGAAAAGAUCAAGGUUAUCAUAUCCGUGAAAAGUCUAAGCAAGUCAUAACAUUGCUAAUGGAUGAACAGAUGCUGUUUAAAGAGAGGGAAGUGGCAUGUCAGACUAGACGACGCACUUCCUACUCCAUGACAUUUCCUAAAAGAUUACCUAGUACAGGUAACUCACCAACAGCAUGUGCAUCUGCCCCCACACCAGAAAUUCCUGCUUCAGAGAAGAAGCACCAGCUUCUUAAGGUGGCAAGACUACGUAGUAAAAGGAAGGUAAAAAAAGCAGGAUUGAAACAAGAGCUGCACCAAGACAUGCAGUCGCCUGCAGGCACGGUGUUGUCCCAGGAAAUUCUACCACUCAGGAUAAAUUCUUGGAAAUCAACAGAGGACCUGAUGCGAUUUUAUGAUGAGGAUCCAAAGCCAACACUACCUCCUUCCAUUAUCUCUUCAUCUAGGUGGUUGUCAGAAGGACAAGCAGAAGUUUACAGUCUCUGGGAUGCAGAUGCUGUACCUACUCCUUCAGAAAAAAGCCCAUCUCUGCAGACAAAUGUGAGUUUGGACAAGAAAUCAGAGAAUACCAUUACAGAUACUGUAGCCAAAAACCCCUUGCAAACACUGCAGAAAAGGCAGGCAGCCUCAGAAAGCUUUGAAACAUUGACAACUUUACCAGCAUUUUGGUCAACGAGUAAAGAAGAGUUUAUCAGUUCUGAUUUAAGGAUAUCACAGUCAGAUUCUACUUCCUAUAACCAGUCCUCUAUAGAGACACUGUAUGUCUCUCCCUCAUUCGAAACAUGUAACCUCACGAAGGGAACUGUAAUCAACGAGGACCUUCAGAAACCAGUGCAGGCCAGCACUGUUCAAGUGCAYGAUGCAGACCUCAAGGCCCCAGCCACGUGGGUUCCAACUACCUCUGAGGGAACAUCUUCCUUUUCUACUUUAUCCGUGUCAUCUCCUGAUUUGAACUCUCCAGAGAAGUCAGUUCAUCACUUCCCCCCAACCUUGCCUGGAUCUUCCUUGUGGACUUUGUCCCACCAGCAGUCACAUUCUGCCUCCCUUCAACAUAAAGAUAAGACAGCCAAGGCUCAACAACAUUUUGCUCCCAGUGGUCCAUUGUUUUCUGAUGAAGAGGAAAAUGACAUCUUCAAUCUACUAGAAAUGCUUCCAGAUAACUCUGAUUCUGCUAAGACAAGUCAUAUUUCCAGGCGUAAUUGGGUAGAGUUCUCUGCCCAAAAUGUAGACCACUCCUGCUCUGUCCCCUGUUCUAGUUUUCAACCAACCAAAGGCUUGCCUAGGGAACCCGAAGCAAAGAGUUCCAUUAAAGUUCUCCUAGGGGAUGUAAAAAGUGCAGUAGUUAGACUACAUGAAGAUCUGAGCACGGUGAUACAAGAACUCAAUGUCAUCAGCAGCCAUCUCAUCAGCAUGAGUGGGAGUAGUCUGCAAACCAGCAAAUCUUUGCAGGACCCCCAGUCUUCUGAGGGAAGUUCAGAUCAAAUGUAA